CAUGGAGGCUGCAGUGUAGCACGUAUAUUUUAUCCCCAUCUUGCUCUUUUGCUGUGCGUUAACAGUGUGGAUAUCCAGGAGUGUACUUCUGCUCUCCCUCGCCAAGACUGCCCCGAGGACAUGAAGAUGGAGCUUGUGCUCACAGGUAGCUUGAUAGCAGAGGGGUUUAACGCCCUCUGCGAGAACCAGGGAUUCCUCCUGAAAGCGCUCCUGAACACCUACGAGUGCUGGGACAUUCAAGUGUUGAUCAGCUGCAUUGAGCAACUCCCACUGAUGACUCAGAGCUACGACGCCUCGGAGCACACAGAUCGAGAUUUGAAGGUGCUGAAAAACGAACUGGACAAUUGUGCCGCCCGUUCCAAGUUCAACAGCCAGGAGUGCGCCCAGGUCGACGGGAGUGCGAUGGAAAAACUGAUCCACACUGUGAUCGAACGCAUAGUGCCAGACUACAACGCCGCCCCCCAAGCCUGUUUAAGCGCAGCAACUCUUUUGUCUACUGUCCUGGCUCUGGUCUUGACCAGGUGGAACUAGAGCACUUCUCUUGUAUAAAGGAGUUUAAAUCAAUUUGUAAACCACCAGUGAGUCUCACCUCCCCAUCACGUCACGCUUUUGCUACGCUGUAUUACGGAAUUUAUUUUACCUUGAAAUAAAAUUCAUUCAUGUGAA